AUGAAUAAGUCACAGCGGUGUCGCGACGCGUCCGAGGUCGCAGGCGAUCGAUCCGACGCGCGGCACCCGCGGGCGACACUCGGCGUGCGGCGCUCGGGGCGGCGGGCGACCCGAAGAACCCGUGGCAUGCAGGGCGAGCCGGCGCUCGUGGCGACGCUGAGCGUGCCGCGCGACGUGGCGUGCGUGGCGGCCAGCGGCGCGUGGCUGGCGGCGGGCGGCGACUGCGGCGCGCUGCGCGUGUGGCGCUGGCGGCCCGCGCGCGGCUGGCGCCCGGCGGCCGAGCGGCGCGCGCACCGCACGGGCGUGGCGGCGCUGCAGUGGGCGCGCUCGGGGGCGCUGCUGCUGUCGGCGGGCGGCGACGGCGCGGCGCGCGUGUGGGCGGCCGCGGCGGCCGGCGAGCUGCGCGAGCGGCGCGUGCUGGCGGCGCCGGGCGCGGCGGCCGCGCGCGCCGCGUGCUGGGCGGCGGGCGAGCGCGCGUGCGUGGGCCACGCCGACGGCGCGCUGCGCGUGUGGGCCGUGCGCGCGGGCGAGCUGCUGGCGCACGUGCGCGCGCUGGACGGCGCGCUGGUGCGCGUGAGGCGCGUGCGGCGCGCGGGCGACGCGCGGGGCGUGGUGGCGGGCGGCGCGCUGGCGGGGCACGCGGCGGCGGUGACAGCGCUCCGGCGAGCACGCGGCGUGCUGGCGUCCGCGUCGCUGGACCGCACGUUGCGUCUGUGGGCCGCGGACGGCGCGUGCCUGCUAGUGCUGGCGCACGAGCGCUACGUCACGUGCGUCGCGCUCUCGGACGACCUACGCUUCGUGAUCACAGGUUCCAAUGACAAAUCGAUACGCACGUGGUCUCUUCGCGACUUCUCGCUGGACGACGACCUCGAACCGCCUUGUACGCCUCUGCUUCACUUCGGCCUCGGCGAUCUGGAAGGCAUCGGCCCGGUGCCCGACGCCGCCGCAGACGCGCCGCAGCCGGCCGAGGCCGCGGAGGCGCGCUGCGUGGGCCACGCGCCGCACGCCGCCGCGGUCAACUGCGUGGCCGCUGCGGGGGACCACGUGGCCACGGCUUGCAGCGACGGGCGGGUGCGCGUGUUCAGCCGGCGCGCGGCGGGCGCGGCGUGGCGGGCGCGGCUGGCGCUGGGCGGCGGGUACCCGGCGCUGGGCGUCGCCUUCGGCUCGGGCGGCGCGCGGCUGCUCAGCGCGGGGCUGGACGGCUGCGCGCGCCUGUGGGACGCGGAGUCGGGCUGCGCGCUGGCGGUGCUUCCGGCGGCUGGGCUGAGCGGCGCGGUGGGGGCCGGCGGGGCCGGGAGCGGCGGGGGCGGCGGGGGCGGAGGGGUGCGGGACGCGCGGCUGUCCCCGCGGGGACCGCUGCGUUUACUGCUGGCCAGCGAUGACGGCGCAGCGGCCGUGUGGGACCUGGAGCCGCCCGCGCCAGGCCCGCUGCAGUUGAGUACUAGCGAUGCGCUGGACCGAUACAACUUUGGGACUGUCGGUUAUCCAACUGCAGGUGGUAGAAUAUGUUGCCGGAUUCUAGGAUUACCGAGACCUCACCCGCUCUUCAGACUGCAGACAAUCCUACAUGAAGUGCAUCGGUUCCCAUGGCCUGUGUGCAGCGUGUACGCGGCGCUGGCGGCGGGCGCGGCGUGCUGCGCGUGGGCGCCGGACGCGCGCGCGGGCGCCGUGGGCGGCGCGGCCGGCGACCUGCGCGUGCUGGCCGCCCCGCCGCGCGCCGCGCUGCUGGCUUCCCACGCGCACGCGCACGACCAAGUUUCUAGUAAGAAGAACGGGCAAGAAACUCAGCAGCGUCUGCGUUAUAACUGCGUAGUAUAUUCUGACUGGGAGAUAAACACUCAGUUCUACUUCCACGCAGGCGUUCUCAGCUGCGACUUCGACCCUUCCGAGGAGAACCUCAGCGACGACGCGGGCAGGCAGUCGUAUCUGCUGGCGACGGGUGGACGGGACGCGCAACUGAAGUUGUGGUGGGUGGCGGUGGAGGGGGGCCAGUUGUCGGAGGCGUGCGCGCUAGUAGCGCACGAGGGCGCCGUGCAGUGCGUGCGCUGGGGUGACAGGAAGGGCGCGCGUGCGCUGUGCACGGGCGGCGCGGACAGAUGGGCGCGCGUGUGGUGCGUGCGCACGGACGGUGGGCGCGUGGGCGUGAUCGCGCGUGCGGCCGUGCCCACGCCCGCGGGCGGCGCGCCUGCCGCGUGCCUUCUGGGCGGCGAGCGCCAGCUGGCCGUGGGCGCGCAGGCGGGCGGGCUGGCCCUGUGGCGGCUGCCGGCGGGCGGGCCGCGCGAGCCCGACGAGGGCGCCGAGCCUCGCGCCUGGGGCCCGGCCGGGGUGGAGCGUUGGCUGCGCGAAUACGUCACCGAGGCGCCAGUUGCCCUACUCGCAGGCGCGGCGCCGGGCGCGGCGGCGCGGCUGUCGGGGCGCGGCGCGGGGCUGGCGGGCGCGCGCUUGCUCGACGCGCCGCUGGCCGAGCUGCUGCAGGACUUCGGAUACGGAUUGGAAGAUGACGAUACGGUCAAAGCAGAAGAAACAGACUUCACACUGGAGCGAUUAAGAGAUGAAAUUCUGUGGUUGCGUCGGGACCCUCUGCCGGAUGAGUUGGAGGACGCGGCGCCGCACGCGCUGCGCUGCCCGCUGUCGCACCGCGUCAUGCGCGAGCCGGCGCGCGCGGCCGACGGGUACACGUACGAGCGGCAGAGCUUCUUGCACUGGCAGCUAGCGAGCGGCACCGGUAACUGUGGCGCUCAUGAAAGAAGGCUUAGAGAGAAGGAGCUGCGCUCGCCGGUGACGGGGCGGCCCCUGCUCAGCGCCGACGUGUCGCCCAACUACGGCGUGCGCGCCAUGCUGCGCAGCUUCCUCGGCUGGCCGCCGCUGCACAAACCGCAGCCGCAGCCGCAGCCGCAGCCACAAUCGCAGCUCAGCAGCGACCAAGAGUGCGACCAGUGA